AUGGCGUCCAACAAAGUCCCGGUCUACUCGACCAAUGAUCUCAAGUCUACCAGCGAUGAUGCGCUUCUGCCUUACUUGACCAAUCUCCCUGCUCCUUAUACCUUCACGCCAGACUAUUCGAAAACGAACAUCCGUUUCGUAGUUGGAUACAGCGCUGUCGCAAUCGCCGGCUUCACAUUCUAUGCAGACCGCACCCUCGGCUGGGAGGCAACAACAUCUCCUUGGAUCAUUGCCUCUGUCGCAGCGUACUUUAUUUUGAACACUUUCCUUACAUAUUGGAUCUGGGCUGUCGAGGCUGGCGAGGUAUACACUGGAAAGAGAAAGACGGGCGAGACGAUAUCCGUGUCAUCAUCUGCUCAGAAGUUUUCCAGCAUUUACAAGCUGCACGUCGUUUAUAAAUCUCCCUCUGGGAAAGUUCUACAGGACAAGCGAUACGAGGCACCCUUCGCCACUUGGUUCUCGGCGGAAGGCGUAUUCCACCCUGAGCCUUUCCGUCAAUGGGUUGCCAGCGAGGUUGAUGUUCUCAGAUUGGCAGCCAAGCAGGGUGAAAAGAAGUCGGGUUGA